GAUGUUUUGACAGUAUAAAACCGCUGUCCCAUUCCAGAUUCCACACCAGAAACACAUGAUUUCAAGAUGAACGAGUUCUUACUGUUUUCAUUGGUUUUCUUCUGCGUUGUACAAUGCAAAACUUUGCUAAUCGAAGCAAUCAACCUCUCCAAUUACCCGGACGAUUUUGAGGCAGCUUUCUUGACGGGUUUGAUGGGCGUUAAAGACCAACUAAACCUUUGGGACCGAAUGAGCGAACCUCGAAGCCAAAGUAAAUUUACCAGCGACCUGGAAACAAAAUGUAAAUAUAAAACUUAUCUCAUCGUGACAGGUUCCAGGGAUCAAGAAGGUGAACAUAUUAUAUCUUUAUACGUUGAAUACCGGCUACUAGCAAAGUUUACUACAUCAAAAUUCUCUGCUAGCAAAUUUGUCUUGUAUAACGUAACUGCAGAGUCAUGUGACAGAGUGGUUGUAAAAUAUAUUACAUCAAAGACAAAUUGUGUUGCUUGGGUGAUUGAGAAGCGUGACAUAUUUACAACCCAGGCAGUACAAAUACGUGGAGAUCGUAAUUCGUAUAUAAGGGACUGGGUUUGGGAAAUCACCUCAGCGGAAAACUGUGAUGUGAAAGAUGCAAAUGAAUUCACACGAUUCGAUCCUUAAGAUGACAGCCACAACCUCACUCAGAUGAAUUGAAGCAAACAUUAAAUAUAGUUUUUUAUUUAUUGAUUAAAGAGGGAAUAAAUAAUUGCUAUCAAGUAUAAUAAUCCAUGGUUAAUCCUAUCCUGUACCCUAUAUACUACAAGUAAG